CCCCAGCUCCUCCUCUAACCUUAGCUUUACACAACAGUGCACACAGAAAAACAUCGGGACUCCUUAGGAUAGUCGCCCCAGCCAGAAAAAGGGACUGGCACAGAGAGAUUUUCCUCUACUGAACAGCUGCAAGCGGAGCCAGGUGGGACUGAGACCCUCAGACUUAUUUCCUCCACACUUUUGCUUGGGAGGAUGCAGCCUCAAGACACAGGCGUUCAGUACAGGCGGUGGAACAACAACAGUCGUGAUGAAGUCAGUGUGAACGUGUCCACUGCUGAGGCAUCAGGAUGUAGGAGGGUUUACAAUAAGCUGUGCACAGGGAAAGUCGGCAUCGCAGUUAAAGUGAUCGGAGGAAACAUCCUCUUCUGGAUUGUUUUCAUCAUCGGCUAUGUGACAGGUUACUAUGUGCACAAGUGCAAGUAGAGCAGAACGCAGCCUGCAGACCCCCAGGCCUGGAUCCCCCUGUGGCCUAAUCCAAAAUAUCUAAUUCCCACUCCCCAGCGCCCCACUUGCAAACAUGCCUGGGCGGAGCAGGAGCCUUCACCACAUGUCCACACAAAGGUGAACUGUCACCAACAACACUGGCUUUUUUCUGGCCUCUGCCCCAUCUCCUGGCACACACGCAGCCACGUGCCACCAUCUCUGUGGAGCGUAAGGAUGGGGCUGGGCCACCAGCCACCUGGUAAUGUGCCUGAUUUCAGACUGUGAACUAAGGAGCCACCAGAGGCCCCUUGUCCCUCAUGGGCGCCAUCCCCAGCACAUGCUUUCAUCUCACAGUGGCUGCUCCAGGGCAGUGGUGCUGCUCCCUCGCUAGGCUUAGGGUCUCUUCCCAGCUCUCGUUUGAGCCCACCCCUUACUCACAGGCUCUGCAGGGGUGGCGAGUGCACCGGCUGGAGCUGAGGGAUGCUGAUCCUGUCCCUGAAACUUCCUUAACUUCCAUCAGUCCCCGUGGCCAUAAAGCUUCCAGGCUGCUGCAUACACCCUCGGAGGGCUGGGCUCUUUAGGAGACAGUGGGAUGGGAGCCUUAAUUGUAUUUGAAUUGACACCCCCCUGAAUUUCCCUGCAAAGGAACUUACUGCUUUUUCCAGUCAGGGUUGUGGACACUGCUGCCUUUUCCCUUAGAAAGCUCUGCUGCGGCCCAGGGCUCAGACACAGCCAGCAAUGCAAAGCUCUGUAUUUCUCCCCCCUGCCACACAAUCCAAUCAUUGUAAGAAAUAAAAGCAGGUUGAAAGUUA